AUGCUAAUACUGAUAAUAGUCCACUUUAUUACUCUCCCCGCACUGACGUCACGAGUAAACGGAGAUACGAUGGACGACAAAACGCAACCACUAAUAAGCUCCAGAGUAGUUCGGACUAAGUACGGUGACAUACGUGGUUUUAUAGUCAGCCCAGAAUCGAGGUAUCUAGAACCGGUUGAGGUGUUCCGAGGUGUCCCAUACGCGUCGCCUCCUGUGGGUUCCCUCCGUUUCAUGCCCCCCGUGUCUGGAGCGCAGUGGUCUGGUGUUAAAAUAGCUGAGGAGUUCAGCCCUGUAUGCCCACAAGUGCUACCUGAUAUACGAAAUGAAACAGCUGUGCUGAAGCGAAUAUCAAAGGGGCGAUUGGAGUAUUUGAAACGGAUCCUCCCAUUUCUGACUAAUCAAUCUGAAGAUUGCCUAUACUUGAACAUCUAUGCGCCAGCACAAGCUGGUGUACGUGACGCGGUGGCCAGGUAUCCAGUCCUUGUGUUUGUCCAUGGAGAAAGCUACGAGUGGAGCUCAGGGAAUCCAUAUGAUGGCACCGUACUUGCUUCCUACACUGGCCUCGUAGUCGUCACAAUCAAUUACAGAUUGGGCAUCUUGGGAUUCCUGAACCCCCGUUCAGAUGAUUUCCCGCGAUCCCCUGCUAAUUACGGGAUCAUGGAUCAAAUAGCAGCCCUCCACUGGAUCAAGGAAAAUGUAGCAGUCUUCGGUGGAGACCCCACAAAUGUAACCUUGAUGGGCCAUGGGACUGGCGCAGCUUGUGUGCACUUCUUGCUUACUUCAUUAGCUGUUCCUGAAGGUCUCCUCUUCCACAGAGCCAUCUUGAUGUCUGGUUCUGGACUCAGUCCCUGGUCACUCGUGGCAGAUCCAAAUAAGUACGCUGCAAUUGUAGCUACUCACUCCAACUGCUCUCCAGAUUUGACUCCACCAGCUCUACUGCGCUGUUUGAGAGAACGGCCACUGGAGACAUUAUUAUCAGCACCUGUCAAAGCACCGGACUUUUCGUAUGCUUUUGGCCCUAGCGUGGAUGGCGUUGUUAUAGACACCGGUGAUAUGAUGGGCAAUCCAGAAUCCGGAUACGAGUGGCAAAUGGCCCAUGGCCUUCAUGGGAAACCGGCCACAGCCGUCAAUAUUAUAAACGCCGUGCUUAUGAGAGAAAGCGCUGUUAAUCAACUUACAAAAUAUGAUAUAAUGCUUGGCGUGACAAAGGCGGAAGCGUAUUUCGCGUUUAGCGGAGAUGAUAUUCUGUUUGGCAUAGAAGCGGAUAGAAGGUCCAAGAUCCUGAAAGCUUUCGUCAGAAACACGUACAGCUACCACCUAUCGGAGAUACUAGCUACCAUCAUAAAUGAAUACACGGAUUGGGAGAAACCUGUACAGCAUCCCGUCAAUAUAAGGGAUGAAACACUGGAAGCAUUAAGUGACGCACAAGUGGUCGCUCCGAUCGUGUUAACAGCGGACACACACUCCGCGUUAAGAAGAAACUCUUACCUGUAUGUUUUCGAUUAUCAGACGAAGAACGGAGACUAUCCUCAGCGCCAAGGAUGUAUCCACGGAGAAGAUCUACCAUAUAUUUUUGGUGCGCCGUUAGUAGGAGGGCUGGCCCACUUCCCUGCAAACUACACCAAGGCAGAAAUUGGCUUAUCUGAGUCUGUCAUGCUGUACUGGGGUAACUUUGCUAAGACAGGAAAUCCAAAUGAAGCUCAAGAGAGUGAUCCAAUAAGAGCUGGUCGACAGGACAGAGUGAGAAUGAAGAAUUUUGAGUGGACCGCAUAUGAAGAAGUUCAUAAGAGAUACCUUAAUAUUGAUCUAAAAUUUAAACUGAAGAAUCAUUACAGAGCUCAUAGAUUAUCAUUUUGGUUGAACUUGAUACCAGAUCUACAUCGGCCUGGCGGUGAUGACGUACCGCAAUCGCACCAUCAAAUUGAACACGAAGAAUCCUCAUUACAGCCAACAUUAAAAACUUUUACUCCGCCAUUUAAGAAGGCAACGGAAAUAGUAUUCCCUGAUUCAGCGACUAAAGUACCUCUAUUAACAAUUCUAAAUGUGACAGCUCCGAUGAAUUUCAAUGUUAUCGGAAUGAACGUUGUGACGCAGAGCACUUCGUUAUCUGAUGUUCAUAAAUCUGAUACGCACAGUACCUCACCUCCAGAGGAUGGUUUUGCUGCUUAUUCAACCGCUUUAAGUGUAACUAUAGCCAUUGGUUGCUCGCUACUAAUUCUCAACGUAUUGAUAUUUGCCGGUGUAUACUAUCAAAGAGAUAAAACUAGAAUGAACGGUCAAGGCGAUCCAAAUUCACAUCUGAAGAAACGUGUUGAGAACGGUCAAAUGCCUAAUAAUAUUUGCGGUGAUUUGGAGAGCGCACUGUCAUUUCAAACAAGCCUUAAGAACGACCCAGCUACAAUACUAAGCCAUCACCAUACGCAUUCGCAUCACCAACUUCCUCCACCGGAAUUUGCAGACCUGCCCAGUAACAACGUGUCUGCAAUGGCUACUUUGCCGAGGGCUCCACCGCCUCCCAAAAUCGGCAAAAGUAAUAUUAACACGUUAGCAAGUGGUCAGUUGCAAGAAAAUCAGCCGCUGCUCUCGCAUCAAAUGCAGAUGAUCAACACAAAUACGCUGACGAAGAAGAACACCCAACUGAACGCUAAGUCCAACGUGACAAUGGAAGAGUUGAGGGUGUGA